AUGGCUGAGAGAGCGUUGGGGCCACUGAUCGAUGUGGUGAAAGAGGCGGUGCUAGCUGCAGUGAGAGAGGAGAUGGCUGCACACAAGGAGGAGGUGAAUGAGCUGCGGAACAUGUUGACUGUUGUUGAGCAGAGGAAUGGGGCAACCGCUGCUGCGAUGGAGGAGAAUAGGAGAGAGUUGAUUGCAGCAAAGACAGAGUUUAUUGAAGUGAAGAGGGAGCUGAUUGCUGUGAAGAUGGAGUUGAUUACAGUGAAGGGGGCGUUGGCUGAACACAAGCAGUCAACUGCAUUGCAGUUGGAGGAGGCUGAGAGGAGACGAGUGGUGGAGAUAAGGGAGAUGAGAGGGCAGGUGGAGGAGAGGGAGAGAGAGUUGACUGCGGAAUUGGCAGCAGUGAAGGGGGAGUUGGCAAGGGAGAGGGACGAGAGGAGGAGGGAGGUGCAGGAGGUAGAGAGGAGAAGAUCAGCAGACUUGGCAGGGAUGAAAGGGCAGGUGGAGGAGAGGGAGAGGAAGGAGAAGGGAGGGAAAGGGGGGCUGGCUGCAGUGCUAAAGGAUGCUGGCAUGGAGAUGGAUGUUGAAGGCGUUCAAACGAGAGCAUGGGAGGUGAGUGCAAAUGUUUCACAGGGUAUGGAUGGUUCGUUGUUUGCUAAUGUCUUAAUUACCAAUAAUUUUAUUUUCAUUCAUUCCCUCUUCAUCCAUCACUUCCAGCAAGUCAAGACAGCAUCAGAAGUAACUGAUUUGAUCCUGACGGGUCUCAGCUGCGUCUCAGACGCCAUGCUCGCCCAUGUGUCCACGAUGACUCAUCUGAGGUGCAUUAACAUGACCUCUAGCUCAGGCUUCAGUGCAGAGGGCAUCAAGCACCUGUACAGACUGCCAUGGCUGCAGACGCUAGACCUCAACAGCGCAGGCAUAUCAGACAGUGCCUUGGAAGGCAUUGGGUCCUUGAGCAAUCUCAAGGAGCUCUAUCUCAGUCGUACCAAGCUGACCAAUGCUGGUCUGGCACACUUGACAGGUCUCCCCUCUCUCAAAGUGCUGUGGUUUUCUAAAUGCAAGGGUGUGACAGAUGCCAGCAUGGUGCAUGUGGGGAGGUUGACAGGGCUUGAGACGCUUCUUCUGGAGUACACUGCAGUCACGGAUGAUGGGCUGCAGCAGCUGACUGCCCUGACCAAGCAUCUGACAUCUCUUCAACUGCCGAAUGGAAAGUUUGUUUGCAAUUCCAAUGUGCCCAGAUGGAUAGGAAGGUAG